UGUCCUGUGUCCGAGCCUGAGCUUCCCACGGUGUCUCUCCUCCAGAAGAUGCCCUCCUCUUCCGUCACCUGCCACGCAACAGGUUUCUACCCCAGUGCGUCGGCCCUUUUUUGGAGGAAGGACAGCGAGGUGAUCCACGAGGAUGUGGAGAUGGGGGAGACCCUCCCCAAUCAUGACGGAACCUUCCAGACCACAGCCCGCCUGAAAGUGGAAGUGACGGCCGGCGUGGGGAGCAAGUAUGAAUGUGUGUUCCAGCUUGCCGGCGUCGAGGAAGACAUCGUCACCAAGCUGGACAGAAGAAUCAUCCUGAGCAACGCGCGGAUCCAAGAAGAAGAAGAAGUCAAGAAGAUGAUGACCAUCGUUGUCACGUUGGUGAUCCUCGCUCUCGUGGGGGUGGUGGUGGUUGCCGGGUUCCAUAACCAGAUAAGCCAUAUACCCUCGAUCGUAUAAGUAAAGCAUUUUCUGUUUCCUUU